AUGCUUGCAUUUGGUUAUGAUUACAACAGGGAUGAUUACAAAUUACUAGCUGGUGUUUGUGGACCUGAUAGUGUUUUUGAAGUUUUUUCGCAAGGAUUAAAUUCAUGGAGAACCAUUCGAAACAUACUGUCUGAGUUUUACAUUAGCAAUCAUUCCGGUGUGCUUGUUAAUGGAGUAUUUCAUUGGUUAGACCGAAGGAAAGGCUCUUCCAAUGUUCUUCUAGUCUCUCUAGAUAUCAGCAACGAGAUAUUCAAAGAAAUGGAACUACCAAAACAACCUUCGGAAGAAAUCCAGCAACGGAGAAGAGAAUGGGACUAUAGACUUAUGUUUCUUAAUUUGGGGGUAGUAGAAGGGUGCCUUUGUUUAUUCGUGGUGGAAGUUGCGGUUCGUGUUGAUGUAUGGGUGCUGCAAAAUUAUGGAGUUCCAGAUUCUUGGACUAAACGUUAUACUUUGUGA